AAUGACCAAAAGUAAAUAUGCCAAAUUAAAAUUCAUAUUUUAAAAAUAUUUAAACAUCAACGAUUUUAAGAAUUUUCACCUAUAAAAGGAUUCAUAAACUUCCAACUAAUUUCAGAUUUUGAUUUCCCUUUUCAGAAGUACUAAAUAUGAAACUUGUUUUUUAUUGAAAUUAGGUUAGGUGUAAAUUUCAGCGUGUAAGGAAUAAUAAGUUCAUUAGCAACUAUGAGUCGUAAUAAAGAACUGGUUUCUAAUAUCGGCCUCCGAUUAGAUGGCAGGCGACCUAAUGAAUUGAGAAGGAUACGUUGUAAAUUAGGAGUGUUUCCUGAACCCGAUGGAAGUGCUUAUAUCGAACAAGGUCUCACAAAAGUUUUAGCCUCGGUUUAUGGACCUCACCAGGUUCGUGGUGGUAGGUCGAAGGCACAACAUGAUAGUGCCAUCAUAAAUUGCCAGUUUAGUAUGGCAGUAUUCUCUACCGGAGAAAGAAAACGAAGGCCUAGAGGUGAUAGAAAAUCUACCGAAAUGUCCAUUCAUUUACGUCAAGCAUUAACAGCAGCAAUUAAAGUAGAAUUGUAUCCAUGGUCGCAAAUUGACGUAUAUGUUGAAGUUCUACAUGCAGAUGGAGGAAUUUACCCUGCCUGUGUCAAUGUGGCUACUCUAGCUUUGAUCGAUGCAGGAAUUCCCUUGAAGGAAUAUGUUGUUGCUUGUACAGCCUCCCUAGCAAAUAAAGAUAAUAUUGCCAUGAUUGAUAUAUCACACCAAGAAGAGAUGCUGGGAGGUCCAACUUUAACCCUUGCAGCAUUACCUAUGUCAGGAAAAAUAGUACUGCUUGAGAUGUCGAAAAGGUUUCACGUUGAUGACCUACAAAAAGUCAUAAACAAGGCUCUGGCAGGAUGUAAAGACAUCAAGAAUAUUCUCGAUGAAGCCGUAAGAAAUAAUGUUAGGGAUAUAGGAAGUUCAACUGGCUGGAUUUUAACUUGAGAUAAAUUUUAAGGUUAGGAUUUUAGAUUUUGUAACAAAGGCUAUUUUCUAAAUAAAAUUUAUUAUAUAUGA